UUUAAUGAGAGAAAAAUGUGCAUCUUUAAAACACAAGAAUUUUUAACGACAUUCUUCCUGGGAAAUCCCGUCUGUCUGUGCCAGGAAGAAGAGAGCAAUAGGCAGCUGGUUCUUUAUCAUAACCUUAACCUCUCUCUCUCUCUCACACGCACAGACAUUCUGUAGCCAACCAGAUUUUCCAUAUUCCUGUAAUUAAAACGACAACUCAUGAAAGUCCAAUGUUUCGCCAUGAAAUAUAAAGACCCGACAGAAAACACAGGUUUUGGAUUUUGAUGUGUUUCGCUCACGUGGGAUUUUGUUGAAGAAGAAGAGAAGAAAAGGGUUUUAAAUUUUGUGAAUAAAAAUUAACAUACUGAAUUGAUCUCUGGGUUGUUGGCUUUUGGGCUACAUGGACCAAGAAAAACCCAAACCAAAGAGGCUUUAUCAAGUUUGGAGAGGAAACAAUAGAUUCUUAUUUGGAGGAAGGUUCAUCUUUGGUCCCGAUGGCUCAUCGUUGUUUUUAUCAACAUUCCUAAUUUUAGGCCCUGCACUUGGUUUUUGCAUCAAAAUAUUCUCCAUCAUCAAACAUCAAGAAUACAAACAUGCAAUGUAUUGGUAUUCGGUACUUAUCGUGGCAGUAGUUUUAACCAUUCUGGAUAUAAUGUUUCUCUGCCUAACAUCCAGCAGAGAUCCUGGGAUUGUACCUCGGAAUUCAAGACCUCCCGAGUGUGAUGAAACAUUUGAGAUAAGCACCCCUUCAAUGGAGUGGGUCAAUGGGAGGACUCCUCAUUUAAAACUUCCCCGAAUGAAGGAUGUGAUUGUGAAUGAGCAUACUGUUAAAGUGAAGUUCUGUGAAACAUGUUUGCUUUAUCGUCCUCCCCGUGCGUCUCAUUGCUCCAUCUGCAACAAUUGUGUUCAGAGAUUUGAUCAUCACUGUCCAUGGGUCGGUCAAUGCAUUGGCAUACGUAAUUAUCGCUUCUUCUAUAUGUUUAUAUCAACAUCAACGAUUUUAUGUGUAUAUGUCUUCGUGUUCUCUUGGAUCAACAUUCUUCAUCAAAAAGGCAGCAUGCGGAAAGCCAUGUCACAUGAUAUUCUAUCAGACGUGCUAAUAGUGUACUGCUUCAUUGCUGUUUGGUUCGUGGGCGGCCUUACAGUUUUCCACUUCUAUCUGAUUUGCACAAAUCAGACUACGUAUGAAAACUUCAGAUAUCGUUAUGAUAAGAAGGAAAACCCAUACAAUAAAGGGGUGAUCAGAAACCUCAGAGAAGUCUUUUUCUCAAAAAUCCCACAGUCCAUGAAUGAAUUCCGAGCAUACAUCGAAGAAGAUGAAAGCGUGGGAAUGGAUCCCACAGCUGCUAUGUUCAUGGGAAGUAUCACUACCUCAAAAGAAAAAAUUGAUAUCGAAAUGGGAGCUAAGUUUGCAGAGGAGAAUGGCCUUUCACUUCCUGAGAUUUUGAGAGUUUUGGAAUAUGAUGACAUUGAGAUUAAUAUGAAAGAGGAGGGGAAUGACAGAACUGAUUCGGAUCCACUUCUCUUUCUGGAUGAACAAGAACUCAAGGAUGGGGCUAAUGGCAAGGAGAAACUAGAUGAAGUAACAACCUCUGAUCAAAUCACGGGAUCAUGUCAAACAUAAGUUUUUAGGUAUUUUUCAUUUCUUUAUAUAUGGACACAGUGCAAUGUUCAUUUUUCUUUGAACUCUUGGCCAGUAAUGCUUCCAUUCUACUACGUUUAUUCACUCACGAAUCAAGGAAAUGCUUGUUUUGAAGGAUAUGAGAUACGUUGUUUUUAACAGUCACGCUGAUGCCUGACAAACUUGUAAGCAGUUAUCUGUGUUAAAGAUAUGGAAAUAUCGUCUUCGUUGUAUUUUCAUGACUUAUCAUAUUGUUUCUCUGAUAGUUUGAUUGUGUAAUUAAUGUUGGUCUU